CACACAAAAACCAUACUACACUUUUGUCCACCAUGGAAGCAUCCCACACUCCAUGAAGGAUCUUUAGUUUCUUCACGUAAAAGCUAAGGAACUUUUGAAAUUGUUCCUGCAUCUCUGGAUAAAACCUUGGCAAGUGAGAAGAGGAGAUGAAAUUGCUGUGACUUGCAGCAGCCUGGGGUAACAUUAUGGUUCUGGGCCAAGCUGUCAACAUGAGUUUGAUGGACAUUUCAAAGAUCUUCUCCCUGCUGCAGCCCAAGGAGGAGGACGAGGACAACGAACAGUGCCAGGCUUUGAACAACGCCGUGAGCAGUGACGACGUGGCUCUGCUCUCUGAGCUGCUAUCUCAGGAGACUUACAGGAGAUCUAUCAAUGCACGAAGCGGGUGGGGGGUCCCAGUAACCCCCCUGCGCACCGCUGCAGCUCUUGGACACCUAAGGUGCUUGGAGUUGUUGUUGGAGCACGGCGCAGAGAUUGACAGCCUGGACGUGAAGGCCCAGACUCCUCUGUUCACAGCUGUCAGCGGGAAACAUUUAGACUGUGUGGUCGCCCUGCUGAAGGCCGGGGCCGACCCUAACGGCAGCCAGUACAACAACUGCUCUCCGGUGCUGACUGCGGCUCGUGAGGGAGACCUGGACGUUCUCCGAGAGCUGCUGCGCUUUGGAGCUGAGGUGGAUGUCAGACCCAAAGUCCCGGAGUGGGCCUCCAAUGCUACAGCUUGUAGGGGGCCCCUUUACAUCUCAGCUGUUUAUGGACACCUGGGCUGCUUUAAACUGCUCCUGCUGCAUGGGUCCAACCCCAACUACAACUGCACCGAUGAGAAGAUGCUGGCCAGGAUUAAGCAGCCAAAGACGGUUCUGGAAGUGUGUCUGCGGUACGGCUGCGGGGUGGAGUACAUCCAGCUUCUCAUAGACUUUGGCGCAGACGUGUAUCUGCCCACACUGAUCAUUGACAAGACUACAAAGCAGAACGAAGCUCUGGUUCUGCUGCUCAAAGAGAGAGUUUGUCCCAAAACACUGAUGUCGCAGACUCGACUGACAAUACGAAGACACAUCCCCCUCACCAACAAGGAGCCUGCAAUUGACAGUCUGGAUAUUCCUCUUAUCCUUAGGAACUACCUGAAACAUGACACCUCUGAACUGGUGUGAUGCUAAACUUAGCAUCAGAACACAUGGCCAGUCUUUUUUUUAAAGUCUCUUUUUACCUCAUCACUCUACACUAAGAGAAGGACAAGAAAACAGAUAAUUAUCCAACCAAUCCCAAUGUGUGACUCUUUCCCCUGGCUGCUGUAAAUUCCUGUUUUUAUGAUUCAUACAUGAUGAUUUGAAUUUGUGAUUUGUACAUGUAUUUAUACUCACUGAUCAUUUCAUAGGUAAACCAGUUCAGCUGCAUCUAGACCACAACUGACACAAAGACUCUGACUGCAUGUCACAAAAGAAGCUUCCUCGGUUAAACUGGAGGGUUUGAAUAAAGCAGCCCGCUUUGAGACAAACUCCCCUCUCUGCCUCAGAAACAAGAGCUUUGUGUUGCACAAUUUUAACUCAGUAAACAGCCAUCAAAAUCUCUCCAGAAUAUGAGAAAUGUACAAAAAUACUCUUUAAUGUCAAAGUGAAAACAGAUUGCUGCUCAGUAAUGUCACUUAAAUAAAAAUAUGUUGUACAGAAUAAGUGACUCAAUAAAUAGUCACCCCCUUUGGCUGCAAUCACAGCACUUUCCAAGCCCAGCCACAAAGUCUCUACUAGACUGAGGUCUAGGCUUUGACUCGGCCGCUCCAGGACGUUCACGUUGUUGUCUUUAAACCAUUUCUGCGUAGCUUCUGCUGUAUGCUUCAGGUCAUUGUCUUGCAUGAAUAUAAAUCCUCUCAAUCCAUAGUUCUCUUGCAGGCAGACCAGGACUUUUCUUUACAAGCCUUAAGGCCGACUGCCAAGAAGCAUCCCCACAGCAUGGUGCUGCCAUCCCAGUGCUGUUUAUGGUGUAGUGUCUUGUCUGAUGGCCAAGAAGCACUAUUUUGGUCUCAUCAGACUGAAGAACUUUCUCCCACUUGGCCAUAGAGUCUCCAGCAUGCCUUUUGGCCAACUCUAGUCCAGAUUUAAAGGGUUGUUUUCAUCAUGCCACAAAGCUUUGACUGGUGAAGAACCACGGUGACAGUUGUUGUAUGCAGAGUCUCUCCCAUCUCGGCUACUGAAGCUUGUAACUCCUUCAGAGUAGCCAUUGGUGUCUUGGUGGCCUCUCUCAUUGGUCUCCUUCUUGCACGGUCGCUGUUUGUGAGGUUUACACGUCAUAUUCCUUCCAUUUCUUGAUGAUGGAUUUAACCGAACUCCAGAGGAUGUUCAGUGCCUUGGACACUUUUUGUAUCCUUCCCCUGACUGAUAUUUUUCCAUAACCUUUUCUCUUAGUUGCAUGGAGUGUUCUUUUGUCUUCAUGGUGUAAUGGUAGCCAGGAAUACUGACAAACCUGUGACUGGACUUUCUGGACACAGGUUGCUUUAUACUACAAUCACAUGAAAUAUAUUCACUGCACUCAUGUGAUCCAAAUUUCACUAUUUGUGAGACUGUUUGUAGGAAUCAUUUCACUUUGACAAUAAAGAGAUUUUUCUUUAUCAUUGUCAUUUAGUUUUACUUCAGCAGAUCAUCUUGACCUUGUCCACACACCUAAAUGUAUUGUUUGCUGCCUUGUGAUUUGCUGAUUAGAUAUUUGUUAAUGAGUAGUUGAAACGGCAUGCCUAGUAAAAGCAUUAGUCUGCGUAUUUAAUAGACUAGAGGUUCCAACAGACCCUAAAAGCUCAUUGAAGUUGUUUUACUCAGAUGAUUAUAUUAGACGGGCUCCAUGUUAGAGAAAAUCUGUCAUGUCCUUGGGAAGUGUAACGCCAGGGUUGGCCACUAGAGACCACAGUAAUACUGCUUAUAACUCAUGCCAAAUGGAGACUUCUCAUUAGGACUUUUGAACAUCUGUUGAUGCUUCUUGCAUCACCUUCAGCUGUUUUUUCACAGGCAACAUUACACAAUCAAACAUAUUCACACAUCUGGAGAUCUGCUAUGUGCCAGGAUGUCUAUGAUUUUGCAGAAGAACAGGCUGUGGAUUUAAAAACAUAAGGAAGCAGAGAGGAGCCUACACAUUAGCGUGCCCAUAUGGGAGAAUAUAUCUGCAGAAGUCUCAUUACUUAUUGAUUACAGUCUUAGUAUUUGCAAGCAAAGAUUUGCCAUCCUAAGUUUGUUGAAAAUCUUAACAUAAAUAUCUUGUUUUCGUGCUCCCUUAAAUCCUCCCCCUGUUGUAUAUCCUGUGUCAGCUGUCAGGAAUAGGACCUACAAACAGGAAAUGAUGUCACACGACAGGAAACCCAACACAAUGCUCUCAGUCACACAUUGACGCCUCGGCCCGCAGUUUGGUAGAGGUUUUAUUUUCAACAAAAGUACAGCUAUAUCAGAUAUGGAUUUAUUUUUACAGCAAAGUACAACAUAUUCCCAGUGCUUCUGAUUACAUCAAAACAUAUAAUGUACAUACAAUUGACAUCUCCACUCUCCCAUUCACAGUUUCUGGAUUGAAUAGGCAUUAUUUUUCAGGUUGUUCAUUUCUACAACAAAUAAUCAAACUCAAAAGGCCAGCGAGAAAAAAAAUGACAAAUGUUUGCAUAUGGUGACAAAGAAUAUGGAUAUUGUGAGUAAAUUCUUCUGUGAUAGGCAAAAAUCCAGACCUUAAACUAGAUGGUAAUUUACAAUGAGUUCCAAAAAUUGGGAUGAGUCUUCUGUUAACCUUGUUGUCUUUGAACACCACAUCAGUAUAUGGCUCACUGAAGACUCGGUUGUACCCUGACUUCUCUGAAACAACACAGGACUGCAUAACCAACCGCAAGGAGUUCCUACUGAAGAUGCUGCUAUGCUAAAUGUGAGUGAGCGCGCUCGGCAGCUCAUGUACACCCUGUUCUCAGAGGAAUUACGUAAAUCUGAGCAACCUCUGAUGCAUCUGAGUGACGCUCUGCUAACUUGGCUGUCUUGGUUUUAUGACUGGAAAGAGAAAAAGCUGUCCUCUCAGCUCAGGACAAGGUCAGAAAGGUAAUUAUAUAAGAAAAUAAAUGCAAUAUAUACACCUUUUUUUUCAACAAUGUGGCCAAACUGAAACUAUAAUACUGCAUUCAAUAAAUACAAGUGAGAAAUUAAUUUCUACUGUCAAGUCAUUGUACUUCAAAGAUUAAGUAGAAAAAAGAGCAUGAUGUGAAUUAAAAUGAAGUACUGUGUGUGCGUCUUCAGGAUUAUGUUUAUUUUUAGCUCCUCCCGAGAGUAUCUGCAUUUAUUCAGCUCUUCUGCUUGACUACAAAUCUAUACACGAACACUCAUGAUCAGUGCCUAUAUGGUUCACCAUUGUCGUAGAAAAUUUAUACCCGUUUAGCCUCAGCGGUUGAUGAUUUUUUUUCCAAAGUAGCAGUUUUGACCGUAACAGCAAAAGUUGGAGUCAAACAAAAAAGUAAUAUAACACUUUAAAAUUCCCAUUUCAUGUGGGAAAAAGAGAGCAUCAGUGCCUUUCAUUUCACCUAUCAACAGUUCAGUCUUUGAUUCAGCAUGAGGGAAGACUUCCCACCCCCCCAGACUUGACAAUAAAUAAAAUCAGAACCUGUGAUGGAAAGUGAGCAGGAGACAGGUGGACGGAGAAAAGAACUCCCUUUAGUGAGAUGGCAUGGGUUCACAAAUGAAUGGUUCCUUGUUGUGUAAAAAAAAAAAAAAAAAAAUCCCCAUUGGAAGUCAAAUGAAAUUAAACAAUCUGUUAAGAGUUGUCUUAAGUCUCAUGCAAAAUAUUGGAUGCCACAAGCAUGCAUUUACCUGGUACUGAGGUCUACCGCACGCUAGAACUGGAACAACAUUCGUCUCCAACGCAAAAUACCAAUAUCCAAAUAUAUGAUCUGUCCUUUUUACAGUAUUUACAGUGUGUAGCUGAUAAAGGUAAAAUAGAUGAUUCUUCUUUUGAUUCAUAACUCACCGUUUAUAAUAUACUCUGAAAUGUGAACCUAACUUUCCUAAUGAAGGUCUGUUUUCUACUAUAUACUCAAAUUAAACUUUCAGGAUGUUAAAUAGUUAAAGAAGUCUCUUAAAUUAGAAGUAACACCUUUUGUGCUAUAAAAUUACUGCUAUGUAAAUGUGAUAGAAUACAAUAAUAAUCAUAAUAAGGUGUUUUUAAGUGUUUCAGCCAGACAGCACAGUAUCUACUCAUAUGGAAAAGGCCUGACCCCCGAGUUUCUGUCAGAGUGGGUCUCAUGCACUGGGGAACGAGGAAUUCCCAGUGUGUACGAGAGAAAGAAAGAGAGAGAGAUGUGAGUCCCACACUUAAGGGGAAAAUACAUGACUAAUUCAAAUCUGCCUGUGAAACUGAAUAGAUAAUCACUAGUGGAAUGCUGGAAGGCACUGUUAGAUAGCAUCUCUCUUCUCCGCAGCAGAACGGGCCAGCAAGUGCGUAUGAUUAUGCUUGUGUGCCUGCAUGCUUGUAUGGGUGCACUGGUGGUGGCGUGGGGAUGGGUGGGGGUGAGGGUGAAGGUGUGGGGGUGGGUGUAGCACGGGACCUGAGGUUAUCUUGGCUUGGGAACCAUUUCUUUUUGCUGUGCCAAACCAGAGAGUUAUCUUCCAAAACAAUCUCACAGGGAGCCGUCUCUACAGACACCAGCAGCCAACUCACCCAUUUCUCAACUUUCUUUACUGAAACAAAACAUAAAUUACACAACAUACAAAGCAAGUCUAAGGUCUUUUUUCCAAUAGGUUAUAAGGCCUAUAAGAAGGCAAACAAAUGACAUAGAACAAUAUAUAACUCUUUCAUAUCACAUUGUAGUGAAUAGUGAAGAUAUAUAAUGAUAUAUCACAUUGCACAAUUGUCAUACUGUAUAUGCACUGUCCAUCAGGUGAUAUAAUUCAACACAAAAUGUAUUGGUCUGUAUCUGAGGUCAAAAUAUGAUCACAAACCAUAAAUAGACGUGUCACUUACAUUCCAACUGUAGAAUUAAAAACACCUUCAUGAUGUGAUUUAGUGUCUCCUCAGAUCUUCCGUUUCCUAACCCUUCUCUCGUAGUAGCACGACAUCUUGCUCGCGGCAGCUUUGGGGACAGUGUUGAUUAAACAAAUCAAUCUGAACAGGCCUAUGUCCUCUGCAAAUUAUUUAACAGUGCCGAGCUAACCGCCAGAACAUUGGAUCAGAUCUGGAAAACAACGUGACGGGGAGGAGUGCCAAGAUUUGAAGCUGCAGUCUUCAGAGAGGCAUGAAUCUGUCAGAGGACACCUGCAUGCUACAGAUUAAAUUCACCUUUCUGCCUCCCUGUGGUAUUGGCUCACACUUCUGCAGUGUUCUCUCUUUCUUUCACUUCUGGCUCACACCCAGCUGAUAUGCCUGUCCUGUUCAUUUAUAAUAUCUGCCUUUUUGUCCG